UUCAUACAACAAUGAAGCAGCACAGCAGGAAUUCUCUUGACAAUAUGUUUUCUCUUCUUCUGACUCAUCGUCUCUCACCUAUCAGAGUCCCGUUGCCUGGCUGAGGUAUGACAAGUAACGUCGUACGAUCUGGAUUCAACAAUGACAAAGAGAUAAGGCCACUAAUUAGGGACAAGGCCUAGAGCCAGCUGCUGGCGGGCUUGCAGAUAUAAAGCUGGUUGCCCUCAAAAGGCGAUCAGUUCCCUUGCAAGUGAUACAUUGGUCAUCGGCAGAUGCUUCCAGCUGCGCUUUUCACUAAAAGACCUCUGAGGAUUGCAUCACCCACCCUGAGGAAUCUUCUUCAUUCUUCCCUUCCUUCCUUAGGAUUCUCAGUCCCUCAGAGUCAGAAUCAGCCGUCACAAUGGUACCCAGUUCCCUGGUGUGUAAGAUGUGCUCUAAUAUAUUCAAUGAAGAUCGCUGUCCAAGGAUUCUCUCAUGUUCCCACUCGUUAUGCAGUGGUUGCAUCGAAAAGCUCAUCUCAAGCCAAAAGAAAAAAUGUAUUGUCUGCAACGAAGAAUUUAUAGCCGAUUCACAUGAGAACUUCCUAAUUAACAGUGACCUCCUUGAUGCUGCAAAGCAACUUCCUGCCAUGCUUGCAGAAUCAACAAAUGCACCCACAAAGUCAAAGAAAGCCUUUCUGAUGACUACUGAGGAUUUCAAGAAAAAUAUUACCAAGAGAGGCAUUGCUGACUGCCUGGGAGAAGAGGCUGAGGUCAAUGACCUCAUUAAAAGUUACAGUGACAUGAGAAAGAGAGUGAAAGUUGUAAACCUUUCCAGUGAGAAGACUUUGAACAGCAUUGAUGAAAAUACUAAACUGCUCAAGAACAGGCUGGAAGAAUUGCAGAAUAGUAUAGCAAAAAUGGAAGCAUGUAAUGCUCAAUUGGCUGCAGCAUCAGGUUUUAUUUCAGCCGCGCCUCUCAUGCAAGAGGCAGAAGAGCUUCUUCAGACUAUGGAAGAAACCAAGGCAAAGUUUGAGGUGGACAAAAGGAAAGAUUAUCAAAUAAAGAAGGAAAUUCUCAAGAUGAAAGAAAAUCUGGAAAAGCUUGUGAAUGACACGGAAAGGAUAACUGAGGGAGAACAACAACCAAAGGAAGGAGAAGAAGAAGAGACAGACUCUGCUGUGAACAUUACGGUGAUCAACCUCCAAAGUCUUUGUGGUUAUUUGAAAGGGGAUGCCCGAAGAGAGAUCUUUGCUGUUAUGACCAUUGAAGAGAAACGGAGGGUGGCCCCAGUCAACAUUGAGCCCAACAACCAAUUCUCCGUGAGUCAUCUUGAGGAAGGAGAUCUCCCACCAAAAAGCUUAGUCGUGGAGCUUGAACCCUUGAUGCAAGGGUCUUCUCCUUAUCCCCAUCUAAGGGCGUUCCUGGAUCUGGCAUAUGAAUCCACCCAACUGGGGAGGAUCAUCGUCAGGGUCACCGAGAAUAGCCUGAAGGGUCUCAACUUCCUGCACAUGUGUGUAGGAGGUAAGGGACCUUCUUAUGCCAACUCUCAGGUCUCGUUUGUAGACAAAAAGGGAAUGGAGGCUGAAUAUGUUGAGAUGGGAGAAUAUUAUGUGGCCCAUGCGGGAGCUGAAAAAUCAACUCGGGCAGUGUCGGCAUCGGAGGAUAAUUGGAUGGGAGAGUGGGGGAAGGAAAUCUAUUCAGAUAGGCCUGUGAUGGCGGGAGAACUGAGGGGAUACAUCUGUUAUGACAAAGCUUCACUGUUUUGGAUCGUCACAAGAGAUUGUCCCAGUUGGAUACAACGAUGUUGCUUCGGGGCGGUAGACGAAGGACUCGGUGUCCUAAAAGAAGCGAUCUCGAAGUAUCCGGACAUUACACAGGUGAAAGUGUCCAACUGUGGCCUUUUAUUUUCUCUAUGAGAUUUCCUUCCAAAUGAUGCUUUGAGUUUCAUUUUAAUGCAUAAUAAUUCUCAAAUGAAGAUGUUCUGAGUCCUAU